AUGCCUGCCCGUGAACAGUCGCAGCCUAAAAGGCGUAGGGUCGAUGUAUCGUCAAAACAGACCUACAAAUGCAGCUCGGCGAGGGAUAUUCAGCGGGUGCUGAAAGCACAAAGUGAGGCGGGGCUUAUUGAAGGCUUGACCGCUCUACGAAACCAAUUCACUGUCAAAAUUAGCGAGCCAUCCGUUGCGGUCAACGAUGAGAGGCUGCUGCUCGCCAAGGAAUGGCUGGAGGCGGACCCCGGAGCGCAGGAGCUGCUGAACAUUUGGGAGACCGCAAAUGCUCGACAAACGGCUCUGCUUGCGGCCGUGGUGGGAGUGUUCGCGGCGCUCCUGCCCCUGCUUUCCUCCCAUUACACCUAUCAUACCUACGCCCAGCCCAUCCUGCGCGUCUUGCUCUCCCCGCAAUGGGCGCACCACCUCAAUCUGUAUCUAGCAGGACAACACACCGAAUUGAUCCUCGUCACAUUGAAACUGUUUAUCAGCAUGUCAAACUUUGCCGGAGGUCGUGAGCGCAAAGCCGUGCUGGAUGCAUUCGCCUGGGAGAUGAAGUCACUGCCAAAACUUUUGCAAAUGAGGCGCAAAUCCAAAGGCGGGGAGGACGCUGACAUGCUACAGCGACCAGACAUUAGGACGCUCUAUAUCCUGCUCGUCCUGUCGUUCCUUGACACGACCACACCCUCUUCGGUGAAGGGCGCCUUUCUCGAACAGCACCGCGAUGCCUUCACUAUCAUCUUCAAAGGCCUCUGGCAGGAUCCGUACUCCGUCAUCAGGCGGGUUCUCGAAGUCUGCUGGGCAGGUCUUUGGUCCGACCCGAAGCUCAAGCGGACGUUGAAGAUCCAAGUCUUCAGUGAAUCGACACUGUCCCAGCUGCUGCGUCUGUAUGAACGCAAUGUGCGGGAAGGCUCUGAUCCAGAGUCUGUCCCCGCUGACGUGGUCCACCAUUUCCUUCUCGCACUGUGCAGCCACCCCGGUGUGGGACUUUGCUUCUAUGAUCGAGGAUGGUAUCCGCGGGAGACCGACUUAGAUCAGAAAGCGGCUGCAGACGUCGAGGGGCGAACUGACGGAGAGAACACACACAAGGGGGGCAAGAUAUACAACAAGAUUCUAGCCAAUGUUGUAAAGACGCUCAAAGUUAACGAGGAUCCACGCCAGCAGGAGCUUGCUUUGAAAAUUCUUGCGGCGUGCCCAGAGCUCGUCUCAGGAUACUGGUCUUCUGCCGGCCUUGCCCUCGAGCCCCGGCUCUCCUCCAAAUGGUUGGCCAACAUAGCCUUCUUCGGCUCAGUCGUCGCGCUCUCCGUCCCCACCUCAUCCUUCUUCCUCCCCGAGAGCGGCAGCAGCAGCUCAUCGCUCUAUCAGCCCACACCGCCCCCACUCUCCGCCAUCAUCGAAAACAUCCUCCCCGGCCCCCAGAUCAAGAUCCACCUCUCGCGCGGGCUACAGGCGUCUUCGCCUCUCGUGCAGCACGCCUCCGCUCUAGCGCUCGCCAAGUGCUUGCUGAAGUACGAACAGGUCGUGCGUGCGUUCCAAGAGGUCGAGCGCGCGUUGGAAGAGGACGAGGACGAGGGUUUAUGGACCCGCCGCCGCCGUGAGGUCGAGCGCGAGGUGCGCAAGCGCGUCCCCGACUUCCAAGUCGUCGUCGGCUUUUCCCAGCGCCUGAACGACGUGGGCCCGUCGGCAGCGGACGCGCAGGCGAAAGAAAAGCCCAAAGAAAAGGAGAAGCCGAAGGAGCGUGCACCCAACCCCACGCGCACCGCGCUACUCACGGAAAGCUCGCAUCGUCUGCUGUGGCUUUACCACCGCUUGUUGCCCUCCGUCGUAGCCGAGGCCCGAUUCGAUGCUGGGAAGCUGUUGCAGGCCAUCGAGGAGAUGCUCCUCCACACGUCCUCUGGUAGUUCUACCGCCGGACUGGACACGUUGCGCCAGCUGCAUGUUCUCCGACUCCUCAGGGAGAGCGAACACUUCACAUGGUCUGGGAAAUCUGGCUCCAAACACAGCAAUUUCCACAUCAUGCUCAAAGCCUACGUGAUAACGCCCGUACCCGCUGUCCGCACCGCUAUCGUCGCGCUGCUGCGGCACAUUCUGUCCGCCGGCGUGCUCUUUCAGCAUGACGCCGACGAGAUCGCGCUCUGGCUCGACGCCCUCCCUCUCACACGCCGCGCGCCCGGCGCCCACGCGCCUGACGGCGCGCCGCUCACGGACGAGGCGGACGGCGUGAUCACGUUCCUCGACGACUGCGUGCAGCGCUGCGUCAAGACCCCAUACAAGUACGUCCAGGAGCUGCAGGCGGUGCAGCGCGGGGGCGACGGCGCAUCGAUCGGAGAGCGGCCGGAGGUCUUCCCCAGUCCCCUGCUGGCGACGGUGUUCGAGCAGCUCGGCGCGAAGCUGAAGGGAGAUAUCCUGUCGCCGUCGGACGCGCUCGCUCUGUUCGCGUUCGUGCGGAAGCUGAUCCUUCGGAUCACCAGCAAGAGUAUCGAUCUGGACUUGCCGCGCGCGUUCGCUGAAAAGCUUGCGGCAUUCACGGAAAGCCAGGAGCUGUUCUCGCAGUACCCGACCAUGGAAGGGGCGAUCCGGCGCGAGGUAUCGCUACUAAACGAUCAGCUAGCGCAGCUUCAAGAUCCACAAGAACCCAUGGACCAGGGCACCACGCCCGCGGUACAAGAGUUUUUGACCCAGAUCGAGGAUCUCGAUGAGCCCAUUUCACAGGUAGAGGGGCAGACCUCCGCCUACGAGCUCGUCGACUGGCUUCGUUUGAUCGGCCCGCGACUGCACUCUUCGGAGCUUGCUCGCCUUGUACUGGCGACGGAGAAAUUCCACACACCCGCGCUCAAGGAGCUGCUCCAGUAUCUCAACCCGCGUGAAGUGUCACUAUGGGCGGGGACAGGCCUUAUAAUCGAGUCUUCCAUACCAGCACAUACUCUCGGGUUUGACAAUCUGUUCCUCCAUUGCACGCACGAUCUAGUGAAGGAUCAGGCAUGCCGCGCGAUCCUCGUCGAGCGUUUGUAUGCCGCGUCUCCCGACGUCGUCACGCUGAAGCGCGCUAUUCGCAUGGUUUUGCACCGACUGUCUCGUUCCUUUGCGGAGGGAGCCGGUUCAGGCGACUAUCUGCAUCUCCUGGCGGAGAUCAUUGAGAAGCUGCAAGCUUCCGACGCUACAGGUGUCAUCAUAUUCUGUUUCGAGGCGGACGUAUUCAAGCUACUGUGCGCCCGACCUGUCAGCGACGCUAUCCGAGAAGGACUCAGCUCGUUCCUGGCCAUCUGUGCGGUAACCGGCGGAGAUGACGUUCAGCAAGUUCUUGCCACGUUCGCUGGACAGUGGAUCCUAACCCUUCGCGGGUCCCUAGAUAACUCAAAUGAAGAGCAGAUUGACACUGCCCUUCUAUGGUUCAAGUAUUCGGGGGUCACAGAAGCUCUCGGUUUGCUAGACUACCUCGCCGAUCGCGCUGAGCACUCGAGCUCGGCCGGCGUCCUAGAUAUCAUCGAGCACGUGCUCGAUGUUACCGCCGACAGCUUCGUCCGCUCACAAGACGCGCUCACGCAGGCUCUCCCUCUGCUCUCGCACCUGCACGCGCUUCUCCCUCGCUCUUCAACGCUCCAAUCGCUGCUUGCAUCCGGAACAGAGGGAUCCCUCCCCGUCAGCUAUGACGGCCAUCUCCCAGCGCGCUCCUUCUCGGAGUGGAACGUCGCUGCGCUGGUGCCCCUCGCGGCCAAGCGAUGGGCUUUGCGCUUAGAGCCGGUGCCCCCUCUUUCCGUCGAGUCAUUUAUCGCGGCGAGUAAGUGGACGGACGCCACCGUGGAUAUCCUCACCACACUCGCGUACCGGCAUCAGUCUGCCCGGGCCCCCGUCAUCGUGUGGCUCGAGUCUCCAGACUCCACGAGCUGCAGUGCGGCCCACCUCGUCAAGAUCGUCUUCGCCUUGUACGACUCCGCGCGCGAAGGAGACGCUCACUUGUCCGGUGAAAGCGAUUCCUUCGCCACCCACUUCGCUCGCUUGGUGAAAGUCGUCAAGGAUGCCCGCCUGCCGCAGGACGUCUGCUCUAAAGCUGCUGCUUCCGUUGCUUCCAUAGUCACAACACACGCUUCAAGCCGGUCAAAGCUUCUCAAGUUGCUCAGCAAGGAGCUAGGGUUGGUUGCGCCGGAGAAGCUUUCCCAGUACAGCUUGUCCAUCUCUGUCAAGUUGAUCGAGACGAACGUCGCAGAGGCUCGUCUAUUUGGGGAGCACCUCCUUGACGUUGGUCUUAGGUGGGCCGUCAGGCACUUUGCGGACAACGGUGCCAGCACAGAUGCUAGCCGUGCCAUCUUGUCUUCCUUAGCUACACUCAUAAGGGUACCGAUACCUGUAAAGAGUCACCUGGUUGAGCCGGUCAUCGCAACCGUCAUUCAAGAAUGCCUGGGCGUCACGGAUGCAGUCUACUUUGUCCGGCUUCUUGCAGCAUCGACCAAUAUCAAGCCUGUCACCGUGAACAAGUACCUCCAGACAAUCGUGCAGCACACACGGUUCUACGAGCUCUGUACCUGGACUUCAUCGGCUAGUGAGGCAGCUCCCCGAGGCAGCAUCAUCAACCUCCUACACACCCUCUUCCAUCUUCACCCGCUCAACACCUGCCAGCCGAGUCACAUCGAGCCCCUGCGGAGGGCGUAUGGCGGCUCCCUCAGCGCCGCUGACCGCAAACUCCUCAGCAUCUUCCAGCUCUACGAAGCUACGCGGAAGACAUCCAUCGCGUCGCUAUUCAGCCAGUGGUCGAAUACCACCGACGUCGUAUCGGAGAGCGCGCUCGAGGCGCUGCAGGGUCUCGACCCCAGCCGUGUCCUCAAAACAUGCCUCGACUUCCCGGAGUGGCGGAAGCUCGAAGAGGGCGACAUUGAAGACGUGCCCUCGAGCGAGGCGCUAUACGACCCCGUCUUUGUCUUGCUGCUUUUCACGCAGAUGAUGACCGAUGCUGUACCCUCGUCCGCGCUCGAGUGGGUGCAACUGUUCCGGACGAACGUGAUCAGCUUGCUCCUCCGGGCACUUUCUGCGAAGGACGCGCAGCUUCGUGAGAUUGCGUGGGCACAGAUUGCGUCCCUCUAUCGUACUCUCGAGAACGCUGAUCUACAGGAGAAGCAUCAUGUUAUGCACAUCCUGAACCUCCUCAAAGACCUCCCCUCGUCCACACCCGCCGAAGACGUUCCCCGUCUCUCCGCAUACACCACACUCCUCCUAGCGCACGCCUUCCGCGGCCUCUUCUACCCCUCCAACUUCAUUUACCCGCUCACCGCGCGCUUCCUCCUCCAGCGCCCCACGCUCGACCCCACGGAUGUGCCCAUGCUCUACGGGAUGCUGUACAGCUCCUCGGACGACUGGAAGAAGGAGCGCGCGUGGAUCGUGCGGUUCCUGAGCGACGGCAUCAUCGGGUCCGAGGAGUGGAGGAUCCUGAAGAGACGUCAUACAUGGGACCUGCUCGCGAGCAUGUUCCAGAGCGAGGAGCGGGACAAGACUCUACGACGCGGUGUACUCGAAGUGCUCGCGAACAUUACUUGCAAUGCUCGCACGACGACGUCGCUGCUUCUCCGCCAUGCGCUGCUCUCUUGGGUCGAGAUGCAGCUACCGGACAUGCGUGGAGAAGAGGCCAUCGCGUGGGCGCGCAUUCUGGAGAACAUCCUCGCCGUCGGCUACUCGAGUAAAGUCGAGACUGCGACGAUUGGCGAGUGGCGGGCGAUCGCGAGCCGCUGUGUGCGCACGAUCUUGCAUCACCCCACAUGCUCCUUGAGUGUCUUCCAGGCCUUGGUCCCUGUCAUUCUCCGACUCGCGCUCCUGCCUGGGCCACCGUCCUCUCACACGCCUGUACUACUAGCACGGGGCCUUCGUUGGCUCGAGCAGCUGGAAGCUGAAGUUGCAAUCCCCGCUUCCGGACAGCUAUCCGCACCAUUGGGAGACAGCCGGGACAAGAUGGGAUCCGUGAACCUUCACCGCUCACAACACCUCUUCGACGCGCCCCCGACACCCACCAUCGAGGCAUGGGGUAGCUGCGUAGAGUCCCUCUGGAGAGCGUCCAUGACUCUGCCAACAAAAACGGCCGAGUGGGAUGCGCUCUCGAGCCAUCUCCUCAUCUGGCGCGCCAUUGCCGGGGAGUCGCGGACUGGGACGGGAGAGUGGGCCAGGCGGGAGAUGCUGGAACACUUGCGGUCGGUGGCAUAG